AUGCGGAUAUCGCUGAUUUCUACGAUUUCCCUACUUUUACUUGUAACAAACGCUGAACACUUCUCGAAUUUUGUCGAAGUGUGCAAGAAAGACUCGGCACUUGGUCUGGAAACGCUCGAUUAUGCAAUUGACGCUAUCCUAGAGGAAGCGUUGCUGCGACGGGAAACCCUCCUCCAGGACGUCUAUCAACAAAUUCUACAGCACAGCGAAAAGGUGAGAAGCCAGCAAAAAGAUGAAGCGACAGCUUGUACGACAAUCGCCUGCCCUACCCCACAUCCGACCAUCUUUCCACCCCCGACCACCACUGCACCGCCCACCCAACCCCCACCGCCCACCCAGCCACCGAACACUGGCUCGACGACACCUGAAUCCGACAGUUCGGCAACGCCACCAGCGGAAUCCGAAGAACAACUAAAAGAAAAGGAAAAGGAAGUGAAACCGAAGAUUCAAUUGCCGAACACGUGGCUCUCUGGGGUCGACCCUGCCCAGGAUCCGUUCUAUAUCUACAUGACAAAUUUGAAGAAAUACUUGCACAAAAACUCUGGCGCGUGUGCCCCACCGCCAGCCGACUUCUCGACCGGCUCAAUCACGUGGGAACAGUUAUUUGGAUUCUUUUCCCAGCUUGCCACCGUUCACCCUGGCCCUUUCUGCAACUUAUGCGAGCGUUUCGCGGACGCCGUCGAAAAGAAGAUUCUCAAGCCGAAUCCAGUGCUUUUGUCGAAAAACGAUCAAUUGAUGAGGAAGCUGAUCAACGCGUAUUUCCCUUCACCUCGGCUUCUCUGCGCAGCCAUCGCACCCGGAUGCACCGAUAAAUUGAUUUUAACGAAAAAUGCCACCCUGAUUGGAGAGGCCGUAAUUUGUCUAGAGUGCACUGCUUGCUAUUCAGUCCUCAAUUUUGUCUUCCACAAAAUCCUUCUCAACGAGCAUUUGAUGACCGAAGUGGCCAAAUGGUUGCACGACAACCUUUUCUACGAUCUCUGCGCUGGGGUGUGUCCGAUCGCGCAAAGUGCGACAGACAUUUUUGGCUGCUUCACGAUGGAAAGUUGCCAAGCCUGGGCGGAUCGGUUGAUCUACGAUGUCAUCCGGGCCAUUAAGGUCAUCUUGAAACCAGAACGAUUUUGUGUUCUUGAAAUGGGCUGGUGCGAGCUAGGAGAACAGCCGAACAUCAUGCAUUGCCUGAGGGAGUAUUGUGAAGCUGAGCUUGGCACAACGGCUCCAUUCGGCGCUCUAUGCGCGUUGAUUCCCGAUCGUCCGCCAGAUGCCGACGCAUUCAUCAAUGUAAAGGAGACCAAAAUCUACAAACAAAUGAAAGACUACCACUAUGCCUACUACGAGAAGUUCGCCGAACCGAAAACAGAGCUG